UGCGCCCGCCCUGGCGCGCACGUGGCGGUGUUGACGCAUGGAGGGCGACGGCGGCGGCGGGGGUCGCAGGCCCGGUCCCGGGCCGGCUCUGGCGCUCCGCGGGCCGCUGAUGGCCGCCAGCGGCGGCGGCCGGCUCCUGGCGGCGCGGUACAGGGACCCCGGUGAUGAUAGUCUCUUCGUGUAUGAUUGUGUCAGCGUGGAGAAGACGACCUCGGGAAAUAAAGGGCAGGAUGGAAGACUGACAGAUAAAGGAAGUGAUGACAUCCUAGCUUUUGCCUUCUCCCCAUCAGGAGAUUAUUUUGCCUUGACAGAUAACAGCAAACGUCUGAUUCUGUUCCAUACGAAGGCCUCCUGGGAAUGUGUUAGCAUCAGGUCCGUGAACAGGAGAUGUACUGCCCUGGUUAUUACAGCUGCGGAAGAUAAGAUCCUGGUUGCAGACAAGUCUGGUGAUGUCUAUUCUUACUCAAUAACAGAACCCCAAGCAGAUGGAAAACUUGAGUUGGGUCACUUGUCUCUGGUAUUGGAUGUGGUGCUGAGUCCUGAUGACCGGUAUAUCCUAACUGCAGACAGAGAUGAGAAGAUCAGAGUCAGCUUGGCAAAGGCUCCUUAUAGUAUUGUAUCCUACUGUCUGGGACACAAAGAGUUUGUAAGCAAAAUACUUGUAAUACCCAACUAUCCUGAUCUGCUGGUGUCAGCUUCUGGGGACUCAACUCUGAGACUCUGGAAGUACAAAAGCGGGGAAGAAGUGUACUGCUGUCAUCUAAGUAGCAUCUGUGGGACUGAGACAAAUAAAACUGACCAGAAAUACACUGUGUCAAGAAUAACCUACUGCUGUCAAGGUGGUUAUGUUGCCAUUCUAUGUGACUGUAUUCCCACAGUCUACAUCUUUCAGCUUGAUGCCAUUGCCCAGCAGCUAGUUUACAGACAGCAAAUCUCUUUGAAACAUAAAGGUUGGGACAUUGCAUUUGAGGAAACGGGAGAUCUAUGGAUUUUGCAGGAAGACAAUGAAGCUCCUCUUCAAUUUUACAGACCAUGUGAUGGACAGUGGAAGGCUGUAACUGAUGACAAAGGAUUACAGAAGAUGUCAAAAUAUCUUCAAGACAACUGGACAGUGUUUGAAGGUUUUGUUGGUGCAGAGAGCCACUACAGCAACCUCUACAAGUCUUCAUUUGAUAACGUGGCCGCCUACCUACAGAGGAAAGAGGAAAAGUUACAGCAGCAGAAAAAGAAAAGGCAGGAUCUGCAGCAUGGUUCAAAUGGACAAACAAAAAAGAUGAAGACUGACGAAUCAUCGCUAUGACCCUGUUUUUAGCUUGUAACUUACCUUGCUGAAAGGAACUGAUCUGACUGCGGACUGUUUGUAAACGUAAAAAGAAUGAUGGAAGAAGACUGGUUUAAACAUUUAUUCAGAUUCAGGUUUUCAGGUAGCCUGAUAUGACAAUAUCUCACUUGCAGCAGAUACUGCAUUUACAAUAUGCCUAAGCUUCUAGCAGUGUACAAGUGUUAGCAGUCAGUCCUGGUAAUCUCUAGGGCAUGAUAUAUGAAUAUUGGAGACGGUAUUUUCUUUGAAAUAGCAUUUUCUGUUUGCCUGCUGUGUUCAGGCUUUCUUUUUCAGGUGGAAGUGCACUGAUUAAAUUUGUUGUGAUUUUU